AUGGGCGCGCCGCUGUUGUGGCUGCUGCUGUCCCCAGCGUGGCUCGGGGGGCUUCAUGAGCUCGGGUGGGAUGUGAGGACUCAGGGGGAGUCGCAGGAUGGGGAAGUGAUGUUCCCGACCCCAAGUCCCGGGAAGUGGGAUAUGCUUACGACACCCUGCGGUCAAACAAAAAUCCCCACGCGCAUAGUGGGAGGCCAGGACGCGGAGUUGGGGAGCUGGCCGUGGCAGGGAAGCCUACGCCUGUGGGGCACCCACAUCUGCGGAGUCAGCCUGCUCAACCGCCGCUGGGUGCUAACGGCCGCGCACUGCUUCCAAGAGUCCACUGACCCCUUUCCAUAUAGCAUCCAGUUUGGGGAACUGUCUGCAGUCCCACCCAUCUGGAGUCUGCAGGCCUAUCAGAACCGUUACCAAGUUGAGAGGAUUGUGAUGAACCCAAGAUUCCUCUGGACUUCACCUUAUGACAUCGCCCUGCUGAAGGUGUCUUCCUUGGUCACCUACACGAAGUACAUCCAGCCCAUCUGUGUGGUGAAUGCCACUGAGGCGUUCCACAACCGGACCGACUGCUGGGUGACCGGCUGGGGGGACAUCCAGGAGAACAUCGAGCUGGCGGCCCCCUACAACCUCCAGGAAGUCCAGAUCUCCAUCAUAAACAACACCAUGUGUAACCACCUGUUCAAAGAGCCCGAUUUCCGCUACAACAUCUUCGGAGACAUGGUUUGUGCUGGCGAAGCAGAAGGUGGCAAAGAUGCCUGUCUUGGUGACUCAGGCGGGCCCUUGGUCUGUGAAGAGAACAGUGUGUGGUAUCAGGUCGGAGUCGUGAGCUGGGGCGUGGGCUGCGGUCGCCCGAACCGACCUGGCGUCUACACGAACGUCAGUGAGCACUUCCCCUGGAUCAAGAGGGUUAUGGCUCACGGCAUCCCCAGGACAGACCCCUCCUCACUCCUGCUGCUGGCUCUGCCUUGGGUGCCCGUGCUCCUGUGCCUGGCCUGA